UGCCCAUCCCGCAUCUGCCGGCCGCGGCCCCCGCAGCCAUGGAGCCAGCGCAGGUUGCCAUCAUCGGCAGUGGACUCAUUGGUCGCAGUUGGGCCAUGGUGUUUGCUGCUGGAGGCUUCAAAGUGAAACUUUAUGAUAUUGCACAACAGCAGCUAAUGAGUGCCCUGGAAAAUAUUCGCCAACAGAUGAAAGAGAUGGAGAAGUUGGGAGUCCUGAAAGGAGCUUUGAGUGCGGAGCAGCAGUUGGCUCUCAUCAGCGUUUGUACAGACCUGAAGGCAGCAGUAGAGGGUGCUACUUUCAUUCAGGAAUGUACUCCAGAGAACCUGGAACUGAAAAAGAAGAUUUUCAGUCAGUUGGAUCUUAUUGUGGAUGACAAUGUUAUCUUGAGCAGCUCGACCUCUUGUCUCUUACCCAGUAAAUUGUUCACUGGCCUUAAACAUGUUAAGCAGUGCAUUGUGUCACAUCCUGUAAAUCCACCUUACUUUGUGCCAUUGGUUGAAAUUGUUCCUCAUCCAGAAACAGAUGCUUCUACGACAGAGAGAACCUAUGCCCUGAUGAAGAAGAUUGGUCAGUCUCCUGUCAAACUGAACAGAGAAAUUGAGGGGUUUGUUCUGAACCGGCUACAGUACGCAGUGAUCAGUGAAGCCUGGAGACUUGUGGGUGAAGGAGUAAUAUCUCCUACUGAUCUAGACCUUGUGAUGUCUGAUGGACUGGGGAUGCGAUACGCAUUUAUUGGACCUCUGGAAACCAUGCAUCUUAAUGCAGAAGGUGUUUCAAAUUAUUGUGAAAGAUACGCUGAAGGAAUGAGACUUGUUCUGAACACCUUUGGGCCAGUUCCAGAAUUUUCAGGUGAAACUGCACAGAAAGUCAAUCAGGCACUGUCUGAAAAAAUUCCAGUUGUUCCUAAAGUCCUGGAUGCCAGGAGAAAAUGGAGAGAUGAAUGUCUCACCGGUCUUGCCAAACUGAAAACACAAAUGAAAUCAGACUGAGGUGCACCUUUUCUAACAGGAGAGACCAAAUGAAGAGCAGAUCUUCAUAAAAAAGCAGAAAUUUUUGCUCAUGCAGAAGAGAAGACUGAAUGGGCAGCCAAUGAUAAUAAGCCCAUGGAGACCAAUGAAACAUUUGGUCAAAAUUUGCUAAAUUCAUGAAUGACUAGAAGCAGUUAUUAAAAAGUUCAGUUAAAAUUUAUCAAAUUACUAUACAAAUACAUUAGAUGUAUAAGUCUUAAGUAGCUUUAACAACAUGAAUAUUGUGCAAUGCAGGAACACAAUCAUGUUUUAAAUAAUGCAUUUUUCAACUUGCUUAGGAAUUCAGCACUUGAACAAUAUUUGCUAAUGCAGGAAUCUGAAACAGGCAAACGUCAGCUGUUUGUCACUGGAGAAAAUAAGCCCUCCCCCACCAGUCACUGUGACAGUGAGGUUAAUUUAUAAAGCAGUGACUGCAGAUAGGAGAAGGUUGUAUUGAGCAAAGAGUGGAUUCACCUAACAGUGAACUGAGACCUCAGCAGCAGUUAAGGGUCACUUCAGUUCGUACCUGUUACUGUUCCACAAUGUAGGGAAAAGAACUGCUCCUCCUUUUCCUCCCCUUGGCACUUCCGUACCUGUACGGUGAUCUAAAAGUGAGUAAAUAGAGCAGAAUUCCCCCUUCAUCCCCUCCCCCUGGUUCUGUAUGACUUACCAGAGACCUACUUGGUCUUCAAGACCAUGCACUUGAGAGCCCAUGGCUUUGCUCACUGAUGUUUGAUGCUGGCUCUUGGCAUUGCUGCAUAAGUAUGUGCCCGAUUUUAUGACUCGUCUGUGAGAAUAUAAGAGAUCUGCAGUUAGUAGCUGGUUUGGGAAACAGUAUGGUGUACUGCAUCUGUCUGGGCUUUCUCCACUACCUUCUGAAUGAUCUUGGGAAACCAGUUCACCUCUCUGCUGCCACGUCUGUUUUAUAGGCUGGUUGAAG